AUGGCCAUCCAGCAGUACAGACUAUUACCAGGGCAGAGCUCCAUUAAGCUGCAAGAGGUCUGGAAGAAAGGAGUAGUCAGACAGAGCCCAGGGUACCCCUUCCCAACAGUAUUCAGCUCCUGUAGUAUAAAGGAUCUGUCUGCCAGUCUGGAGAAGGGAGUUGGGAUGUGUCUGUUCAACAUGCCCGAGGUCAAGGUGCUCUACGGGGGACAGAAGUGUGGCAACGGAUACGUGGAGGAAGGAGAGGAGUGUGACUGUGGAGAACUGGAGGAGUGUAUGAAUCCAUGCUGUAACUCUACAACCUGUACUCUGAAGGGGGAUGCUGUGUGUGCUCACGGACAGUGCUGUCAUGACUGCCUGCUGAAACCAGCAGGCACCCCGUGCAGGGAUUCGAGUAACUCAUGUGACCUGCCAGAGUUCUGUACCGGUGCCAACCCCCAUUGCCCUGCUAAUGUGUACCUGCAUGACGGGCACACCUGCCACAACGUGGACGGACACUGUUACAACGGGAUCUGCCAGACACACGAGCAGCAGUGCAUCACUCUCUGGGGCCAGGGAGCCAAGCCCGCCCCAGGGAUCUGCUUUGAGAGAGUCAACUCGGCAGGAGACCCCUAUGGGAACUGUGGGAAAGACUCCAAGGGAUCCUUCGCCAAGUGUGACGCUCCAGAUGCUAAGUGUGGCAAAAUACAGUGUCAAGGAGGAGCCAACCGGCCAAUAAUAGGCACCAACGCUGUCUCCAUAGAAACCAACAUCCCCCUCCAAGAGGGGGGCCGGAUCCUGUGCCGGGGGACCCAUGUCUACCUGGGGGACGACAUGCCUGACCCGGGCCUCGUCAUGUCGGGCACCAAGUGUGGCGACUCCAUGAUGUGUCUGAACCGUCAGUGUCAGAACGUCAGUGUCUUUGGAGUGCAGCAGUGCUCAGAGAAAUGCAGCGGUCGAGGGGUGUGUAAUAACAACAAGAACUGCCACUGCGAGGCCCACUGGGCUCCUCCCUUCUGUGACAGGGCAGGCUUCGGGGGAAGUGUGGACAGUGGACCGAUGAGGCUAGCAGACUACGGUGGCGUGGCGGUGGGGGUCCUGUUGACUCUAAUAACCUUCCUGGGAGCCGGCCUCAUCGUCUCCAUCAAGAGAAAGACCCUGCUGAGACUACUCUUCACCAACAAGAAGAACACUAUGGACAAGCUGAGGUAAUAUAGAACACCAUGGACAAGCUGAGGUAAUAUAGAACACUAUGGACAAGCUGAGGUAAUAUAGAACACUAUAGACAAGCUGAGGUAAUAUAGAACACUAUGGACAAGCUGAGGUAAUAUAGAACACU